AUAGAUGCACCCCAGAUCAAAGCCAACAAGACCCACAAAGUGGCGGUCUCGGUGCAGAGAGCUUGACAGUCAACCAAGGAAACAACAAAAUAAUACAACGGAAAAUCUCUUAAUUUUGAGGUUCUCGCUUGAUAUCGACCCCUUCUCUCUCCGUCUCUCGCACUACGAGCCGCCUCAUUCUCUUUCUCGUUCUAGGGCUUUAUCUGAACAAGAAGCACUGCUCGAGCUUUCCGAUUAGUAAUCAUCCUAAUCUAGUUCGUGAUAAUGUUGAACGGUUUCAACACUCUAAACGGACAAUUUUAAGGUAUGUACACAAAGUCUUGUAUGCAGUGAACCGUCUUGCCAAAAAAAGAUUAUUGUUCCAUCUAGAUUUGACAAAAUUCCAUUAGAGAUAUAAGAUAAUCCGAAGUACUAUCCAUAUUUUGAGAUAUAUCAUUAAACCUUUUACUUGAUUAUGAUGUUUUUAGUUUAUUUUUAAAUACUAUGAUUUGAAAAUCUAUAUGUGAUAGGAUUGUAUAGGAGCCAUAGAUGGAACUCAUGUUCCUCUUGAUGAACAAAUUCCAUAUCAUCGGAAAAAGGUCGAUACAACACAAAAUGUCAUGUGUGCAUGUUCAUUUGACAUGCGUUUCACUUUUGUGAUGGCUGGCUGGGAAGGCACUGCAAAUGAUUCUAGAAUUUUGUUGGAAACAGUGAGGAAUCCUGAUAAUAAAAGCAUAAACAAACAUUUUUUUUUUUCAUUUUUAUGCUUUCAGUUUUAAGUGUUCAACCAAACAAGUUUCAAUUUUAUGUUUUCAUUUUAUGUUUUUUUAUUUUUAUUUUCAAAUUUUUUGGAAGUGAUACCAAACACAACCUUAGAUUAGGAGGACAUUUGUGUGGUGGAUGACAGCUUGCUCAACUGCUCCAUGUGUAUGUAAAGGCAAUUUACUAACCACUAUUUGAUCUGGACACUUCAAGGGUGAACUCCACUCUUCAGUGGUUAUGUUCAGAGAGAGGCUUGGAUUCAUAUUGACUCAGGCUAGGCCAUAUGAGAAGCUGCGGUAGUAUAAAAACGAGAAGGGUGAAAGGACGGGAUAUAAUCUCUACUUGUUUCAACAAUUGCAGCUCCAAUAGCACUUUUCAGCAGUAGCAGUGAUUGAAAAGUUAGCCAAAUAUAAUCUUCCAAUAUAGUAUGAAGAAGAGAAGGAAAAAGAAACUAUCAAACAGCAUGAGUAUGUAUUAUCAUGACAGCAAACAGGUCUUUAACAUAUAACAGAAAGACACCAUUUGCCUAGUUAACAAUAUGAAAUUAUGAAUGCUAGGGGGUCUACCAUUACCAUAAGAAGAAUUGCAAUAUUUAUACUUAGCUCAAUGUGUUUGUCUUCUCUCUUCUUAAGCAUCAGAAAUGAGGAUCACAGAGUGCAGGCAUGUAAUUUCCACGGUAGUGCUUCUUGUUGUGUUUAUGUCACCACUUGUUAAGCUGUCGCCUUCACCUUCACUUCCUCAAGGAAUAAACCUCCCGUAUAUGACUUCAAAUGUCAGAGAGGUCUCAGGCAAGUCAUUCCAUUACAUUAUUGUAGGCGGAGGCACAGCCGGCUGCUCUCUAGCAGCAACACUGUCUGAGAAAUUCUCAGUGCUAGUGGUAGAACGUGGUGGCUCGCCUUAUGGAAAUCACUUGGUAGAGGAUAAGAAGUACUAUGGAUUCCCACUCAUCCUAACUGACGAAUUUGCAUCAGUUGCUCAAAGCUUCAUAUCCAAGGAUGGGGUUAACAACUAUAGAGGUCGAGUUCUUGGAGGAUCAUCUGCUAUAAAUGGUGGAUUUUACAGUAGAGCUAGCAAGGACUUUGUUAGAAAAGUUGGGUGGGAUGAAGGUUUAGUAGAAGAGGCCUAUGAAUGGGUUGAGUCUAAAAUUGUCUUCAGACCUGAUCAGUUAACAAAUUGGCAGUCUGUCGUCAAACUAGGCCUUCUUGAAGCUGGAAUUAAACCAUAUAAUGGUUUCAGUUUUGAACACACUGAGGGAACAAAAAUUGGCGGGAGUGUUUUCGAUAAUCAUGGAAAGAGACACACUUCGGCUGAUCUUCUUGCAGCAGGCAAUCAAGAGAAGAUCACAAUUCUGUUAAAUGCAACAGUAAAUAAUAUAAUCUUUCACAAAAAUGGUCUGAACGAAAGCAGAGUUGGUGGCAUUCGCUUCAUCAAGAGCAAUGGCAGCGCACGGAAAACUUAUAAAGCGUACAUCAAUAAACCGAAGAACUCAAACUCAUGGGGUGAAGUUAUUCUGUCAGCGGGGUCACUCGGCAGCCCGCAAAUUCUACUACUAAGUGGCAUAGGACCAUAUGAGCACCUAAACAAGUUCAAUAUCCCAGUAGUAGUAGACUCAGAAGGAGUUGGACAAGGAAUGCAAGACAAUCCUUGCAUUUCUCUCCGGGUAGACAUUAAGCAACAACUAUCUCCAGAUCCACCUCAAGUUGUGGGCAUAGCAGAUGAUUUUAAAUUCAUAGUUCAAGCACUGAUCCUACCCAUUGGCCUUAAUGCAACAAUUAUGCCAAUUGUUGCCAAGACCGCUUUUCCAGCAGCAAGAGGGAAGCUUGAAUUGAACAGCACCGACCCAAGGCAGAACCCUUCAGUAGAAUUCAAUUAUCUAGAAAACAAAAGGGACUUGGAGGAAUGUGUGAAGAUGGCUCAAUUAGUUGGGAAAGUCGCAAGCUCAGAAGCAGUUGCCUCUUUUGCUGGCGGUGAACCUGAAAGUAGUUUUAUUUCUGCUAGUGAAGACGAGCUAAAGAAGUUCUGCAAGAAGAAUGUGAGGACCUUUUAUCACUACCAUGGUGGUUGUGCAGUUGGAUCAGUAGUCGACAAAGAUUACAAAGUUUAUGGUGUAAAAGGGCUGAGAGUAAUAGAUGCCUCAACUUUACUGGAAUCACCAGGUACCAAUCCAAUGGCUACACUAUUGAUGCUGGGAAGGUAUCAAGGUGUUAAAAUGCUCAGAGAGAGCUGAAAAGAAGCCUGACCUACAACACUCAUUAUAUAUUCAAGUAUUUGUGACUUGUCCACUACUACUUUUCUCAUCAAAUAAAGUGGCUUUGGAACACAUUUUCAGGUAAUAAAACCAUCAACAAUGUAUA